AUGGAGGAGAAGAUCAUUGAAAGUGUCCAGACCUAUGACACAACUGAUCUUAAGCCAGAGAUGAGCUCCCAAGUAUUACCAAAAGACAUCCACUCCGAUUCGUCGUCGCGAACUGCGGCAGAUGAUCUAGAUGGAAAAUUAGAGGUGGUCCAGGAGUCUCCCAAAGAUGACGAGAGGAAAUAUCUCGCUGGCAUCAAGCUUACCAUGGUCGUCACGGCGGUAACUUUGGUUAGCUUCUUGGUGCUGCUCGAUACUUCAAUCAUUGUGACUGCUAUUCCGGUGAUUACGACUCAAUUCCACUCUCUUGAGGAUUUAGGAUGGUACGGUAGCUCGUAUCAAAUUGCCAGGUACCCAUUGAAUCUCCUCACUCACACGGCUCUCACUAAAGUCUCAAUCAGUGCAUGCUUGCAACCUCUGACAGGCAGAGUCUACACCAACUUCAAAUCGAAGUGGACAUUCUUAGUCUUCUUUUUUAUCUUCGAGCUGGGAUCUCUUCUCUGUGGCCUCGCAACAUCCUCAAAGAUGUUAAUUGUUGCUCGAGCAGUGGCAGGCCUGGGUUCAUCCGGCUUGAUGAAUGGGGCGUUGACCAUUGUUUCAUCAUCCGUCCCAUUGCACAAGUCUCCCACUCUCAUUGGAAUCAUGAUGGGCUUCUGUCAACUUGGUGUCGUGUUCGGCCCUUUGCUGGGAGGUGCUUUCACCGAAUAUACGACCUGGAGAUGGUGUUUCUACAUCAACCUUCCAAUCGGUGCUCUAGUUGCGGUGCUCCUCCUCUUUGUUGAAAUUCCGGAUCAAGCAGAAAAGCCCCCGAUCAAAGCAGCCAUGCACACGAUCCUCCACAAGCUCGAUCUCAUCGGAUUCGUUCUGUUCGCCCCUGCUGCGAUCCAACUUCUCUUGGCGCUUGAAUACGGUGGUAGUAAAUAUCCGUGGGGGAGCGCGACCGUCAUUGGUCUUUUUUGCGGUGCCGCAGGUACAUUUGCACUAUUCCUGUACUGGGAGUAUCGUCAAGGUAACCGAGCUAUGAUUCCCUUGUCGAUGGUCGCGAAGCGAACCGUGUGGUCAAGCUGCCUGGUCAUGCUCAGCCUCUUCGCCAUGGUGCUUUGCGCUUCCUACUAUCUCCCCGUCUACUUCCAAGCCAUUAAGAAUGAAUCUCCGAUGAUGAGUGGAGUGUACAUUCUUCCCAGCAUUCUGUCACAGUUGGCGUUGGCAGUGACUUCUGGGGCUCUGAUUGGCAAGUUCGGGUACUAUCUUCCCUGGGCUGUUUUCUGCGGAAUUGCUACUGCCAUCGGAAGUGGUCUGAUCUCGACUUUUACGCCUUCUACCUCCGUGGGGAAAUGGGUUGGGUAUCAGAUAAUUCUGGGAGUAGGCCGAGGAGCCGGAUUUCAAACCCCUAUCAUCGCAAUCCAAAACACACUUCCGCCGAGUGAGAUAUCCGUUGGCAUGUCUAUUCUCAUGUUCAUUCAGACGCUGUCCGGCGCGGUGUUCCUGACAUUUGCGGACGUGAUUUUCUCGACUGGUUUGAAGUCCCUUAUUCCGAAAGACGCUCCCAAUGUGAAUCCAGAGGUUGUUAUUGCGGCAGGUGCCACUGGUAUCCGGGCUGCGGUGUCGAGUGAAAAUCUUCCGGGUGUAUUGACGGCCUAUGCGAAAAGUGUAGACCAUGUCUUCUACAUGUCUGCCAGCCUUGGCGUUGUGUGCAUGGUCUUUGCCUUCGGCAUGGGGUGGAAGGAUGUCCGGAAAAAAAAACCUACGGGGCAAGUCUGA